AUAGAGUCAUUAGCGUAAUUUAUUAGAGUCUCUUGGGUUCGAUACUCGGACUUCCUUAGGCUAUACUGCAUCGAUCAGUACACUUGUCGGUCGUGUGGUUUAGGUUUUAGAGAGUCUUAGUUUUAUAAAUUUAAACUUAGAGAGUCUAGUUUAGGGUUUAUUUUAGUUAAAUUAGUUAACCCACUUUUAGCACAUCAAGUUUUUGGCGCUGUUGUCGGGGACUCUUGGCGAUUGCGUUGAUUACUUUGUUUGGACUUAAUUGACACAUACGUGCUACUUGCUUUUGUAUAUUGAGUUGUAGGAGUCUAAUUGUCCCUGUCUUUUAUUUUUCUUGAGUCUUGUAAAUAUGUGUGAAAUUUGUGGAGGACCUCAUUUUACUGUUAAAUGCCCCCAAUAUGAGGGGUCCUCUACGCCAUAUUAUGCUAACCCUUUUGUGCAGCCGCAGCCAUAUUUUUCACAGGGGUAUUCUCUGCAAGGUUAUGAUCAUCGGCCAUAUUACAAUGAUCUGUAUCAGCAGCCGCAACGUAACCUGGUUCAGACGAGCGAUAGAGGUUUUGAGGGUAGUAUGAGUAGGAUAGAAGAGAUGUUCGCUCAGAUAAUGACACAAAAUGCGCAGUUCAUAGCGCAAAAUCAAGCUACCCUGGAAAGCAUGGUUGAAUAUGCAGAGAGAAAUAAAAAGAGAGUAGAGGAGUUAGUUCGAGAGCGGGGUGAGCUAGAGGAAGUAGAAGAAGAGUCAGAUGAGGAGAUCAUUUCAGUCACGGAGACGAUAAUGGACGACGAAGUCCCACCUCCGGUCCAGAAGGGUAUUAUAUAUGACUUCGGGAGUGACUCUGAUGAUGAAAUAGACGAAGAAGAAUGGGCGGCGUAUCAGAGGUCGUUAGUGAAGAGAGAAGGGGAGGAAGAAGAAGUGGAAUUGGGGGAUUCCACUGGUUGGAUGUUUGGUGCAGAGGAAGAAAGUGAAGAGGUUGAAAUUAAGUCUUCUGGGGAGGAUGAGGUUUUAGAGUCGGAAUUGAUCGAACCUACCCCUUACGAAGAGACUAAGUGUGGGGAUCAUCCUGCAAGAGUGGUGGAAGAGGAAGAGCACCACAGCUGGCCCGUGGUAGGGGUAACUGAAAAAUCAGAAAAGCCACGAGAGAAGGCAAAGAAAAGAAAGGAACAGGUUCUGAACCGGAAGAGGAUCGAAGGUUGGGGCAAGAUGGAGAAGAAAGAGCCGUUCACGCACGAUCAUUCAUCUCGUUACAUGCCACGCAUCCGGUUUCUUCCAGAUUUCAAGCAUUUAUCGAGUAUACCAGUUGAGUCAAAAGCCGAUCGCGAACGAAAUGCUAUACGAUCGAGCUGGAUUGGACGAGAGUUUUGGAGCUUAUGCGUCAUAUUACCAGCUAAGUCCUUUCCAAUUUGCCUUUUGGUUUUUAUUUCUUAUUUAUUUUAGUUUUUUUUAGUCGGUUUCCAUCCUACAUUGAGGGCAAUGUAAAAUUUAAGUGUGGGGAUGGGAACUAUUGUUCAGUGUGUCUAGUUAGUGAGUCUUGAGUCGAAAAAAUAAAAAAAAUACAAAAAAAUUAAAAAAUUUCAAAAUCCAAAAAAAAAUUAAAAAUUAGAAAAUGUCUUUUGAAAUAAGAAGUUUGCAAAAUAAAAAAAAAACGAAAAAUGAUAGAAAAGUCGGGUUUUUGUUCGGGUUCAAAUAAUAAUAAUAUGAUAGUAUAUAAUUGAGCUUGUGUCUUGUUUGGGAUAUGCGGGUAGGCUCGACUCGGUUCUAGGUUCCUUUGAUAUUAAAUAUACCUAAUUGUCGGUCUACUAGUGGGUUCUCAUCUAGGGAAAGUGGGGAAAUUGAAACCGCCAAUAAUAGUAUAAGGGAUGCCGUUAUAAGCUAAGAUCGUUAGAGUUUUUUUU